AUGCGGGGGUUAGGUGAACUCUACGAAGAGAUAAUCCUCGACCAUUACCGCAACCCGAGGAACAACGAGGAGUUAGACAACCCCGACGCGGAGAUCGAGGCCAACAAUCCUUUCUGCGGCGAUGAGGUGAAGAUUCAACUCAGAUUCCAGGACGGCCGGAUAGACGAAAUCGGUGUCACCGGCCGCGGAUGCGCCAUCAGCAAGUCGUCAGCCUCGCUACUGUCGGAGUUGGCGGAGGGGCGUACGCAAGAUGAACUGUCGCGCACGACUAAACCUCGUCCGGCGCAUGAUGAGGGACGAGAAUCUAACCGAGGACGAACUUGA